AAGAAGAUGCAGAUACUUGAACAGCUUCUAUUGAAACAAGCAGAAUCGGAAUAUGGCUCACGAAAUGGACCAAAAUAUAUAUAUAUAUAUAUAUAUACUCCAGAUUUUAGGAAAUACAGAGAUAGAAUUGUGACGUAGGGCUUUGACGGCAAGCCGGCAAGAACAAAAACAGCAAAAUUCUCCCACCAAAGACGUAAUCAAUCACCUUCGCAUUCUCGUAUAAGCCGAGAGAGACGAGACAACGGAGUGAGAGACAGACAAAAGAAUGAGAGGCUGAGAGAAAGAGUAAUGAGUGUGUUGAUUAACCGGUUACUCCGGUUGCCGAUUUUUCACUAUUAAACAAGUGAAUGGUUGCAUUGCACACCUAAACACUACCCCACACCACACCAUGUAUUCCAGUCUGUCUGUGAUGAAGAAUCUGAGGAAGUAGCAAGCCAAGCCAAGCCAAGCCAAGGGAAUACCCACCCCCAUUGGGUUGGGUUGACUGGCAGAUCUUAGGAGACAAUGUCAAUCAUUUGUGGUCUUCCUCUCCUAGAGUGUGUUUACUGUUUGGCAUGUGCCCGUUGGGCAUGGAAACGAUGCCUCCACUCAGCAGGCCAUGACAGUGAAACUUGGGGCAUUGCAACUGCUGAAGAAUUCGAGCCUGUCCCAAGGCUCUGCCGAUACAUCCUGUCUGUGUACGAAGAUGAUCUUAGGCGCCCUGUUUGGGAACCUGUUGGAGGGUAUGGAAUUAACCCAGCUAGGGUAAUUUUGAAAAGAACUUAUAAAGAUACCAAUGGACGAGCUCCUCCUUACUUACUGUAUCUUGAUCAUGAUCAUGCCGAUAUAAUCCUUGCCAUUAGGGGGCUUAAUAUGGCAAAGGAGAGUGAUUAUGCUGUUUUACUGGAUAAUAAACUGGGCCAAAGGAAAUUUGAUGGGGGGUAUGUACACAAUGGGCUACUAAAAGCAGCUGGAUGGGUUUUGGAUAAGGAGUGUGACAUUUUGAAGGAAUUAGUAGAGACAUAUCCAAAUUAUACUUUAACUUUUGCGGGCCAUUCCCUUGGGUCAGGUGUGGCAGCAUUAUUGUCAAUGGUGGUGGUGCAGAAUCGUCAUAGACUGGGGAAUAUUGACAGGAAGAGGGUCAGAAGCUAUGCUAUUGCACCUGCCAGAUGUAUGUCACUGAACUUGGCAGUGAGAUAUGCAGAUAUUAUCAACUCGGUUGUGCUUCAGGAUGACUUCUUGCCCCGGACAGCCACCCCCUUGGAAGACAUUUUCAAGUCGCUUUUCUGUUUGCCAUGCUUAUUAUGCCUAAGGUGUAUGAGAGACACUUGUAUACCAGAGGAAAAGAUGCUCAGAGAUCCAAGGAGGCUAUAUGCACCUGGUCGUCUCUAUCACAUAGUUGAGAGAAAGCCUUUCAGAUGUGGAAGGUUUCCUCCAGUUGUGAGAACAGCAGUGCCAGUGGAUGGGAGAUUUGAGCACAUUGUUCUCUCAUGUAAUGCCACUUCUGACCAUGCCAUCAUUUGGGUAGAGAGAGAAGCCCAAAUGGCUCUGGAUUUAAUGCUAGAGAAAGAUCAUAGUAUGGAGAUUCCAGCAAAACAAAAGAUGGAGCGGCAGGAGACUUUAGCCAGAGAACACAGUGAAGAGCACAAGGCUGCACUACAGAGGGCUGUUACAUUGGCUGUGCCCCAUGCAUAUUCACCUUCUCAGUAUGGAACUUUCAAUGACAGCAACAACGAAGAAGAAGCAGCGGAACAUUCUGACACAUCUUCGACGGGAUCGUCGAAGACAAGCUCAAAGAGGGAAACCUGGGAUGAAUUGAUUGAGCGUCUUUUUGACAGGGAUGAAUCGGGUCACAUGGUGCUGAAGAAAUCCUGAAGUGCUGAUUGAUUGAUGUUGUGAUUAGAGGAUAUGCUUUUGUAAGUGGAUUGAGUAUGUUCAUUUAUUCCUUCUUAAAUUAUUUUCCAAUUAGUUAAAAUUGUGUUUUGGCAUGAUAUCCAAUACAAACCGAAGGCCUGGAGAUCUGGGAUUAAUUUCUUUGAGUUAUCAAGAUAUAUAGGAAUUUUUUUGAGAGAUUGGGAGAAAAAACGAUGUGGUGCUUUUGAUUGCAAUGAAUAAAUUAGGUGUGUUUAAAACCC